AACAGCUUCUCCUUGCUGAGCUUCAUGGCUGGACACUGCUGCUGGCUGGCGUUGGUAGGCACCGCAUCACAUGAGCAAAGGUGGCCGAUGGUCCUCGGAUCUCUGGAAAGCCCCACCCAGGCUUCCAAGCGAUGUUCAUAGUAAGCGCGGCCCGUGAACGGCAGCUGCCACUGGCCAUGCUGCUUCCACCUACAGUCACCAUCCCUGAUCACGCUCUCCGCUGUGUCGAAGCUGAGGGUGGCCGGGGCACAUCCCCCAAUGCUGACGUAAAGGGUUCGAACAUCGGUGUAGCAAGUGACAUGCUUGGACCAGAACGGCAGCUCCGGGAGCUUGUGCCACGCAUGACACGGCGGUGGAUACAGCCGCUCGAAGGAGCCAUCAGCCAGGGCAAACAGCCUGCCACCAACCAUGACGUAGAUGGGCUUGACCGGAUCAAGCAGCUGCCGAGGGCCACUCAUCAGGCUCCGUGAAGGCGUGAACGAACAUCGUAGCCGACGCAAAGUACAAGGGCUGGCUGCCCCCUUCCUCCAAACGGAAGAAGGGAGGGGGCAGGCGAUGCGAGCCAUUGCAGAUGGGGUCUUCCCGUGCGGCGCCGGCAGCGGCAGGUAUCAGCUGCUGGUCAGGGUCACCGGACAACAGAUCAAUCCUGCGGAUGCUGUAUCCGCGCGACCAGUCAUCCAAGACAAAGUAGAGGUGUCGCCGCUUUUCUUUCGUACCGGGCCAAUUGAGCCACCUCUCCAUGGUUGCUGCUCCGUUUGUGUUCCCCUCGGCGUCAAGCGCGCAGCCACCUACAGAUCAAAAUCGAGUCCACUAAGCCUUGAUGGGUGCUGCUCUGCUGGAGAUAAGGUUCCGGAUUACCAGAAGAGGCUCGAGGUGAACCAAGAACAAGGUACAGCGAUCGAAGCUACGCUCUGUACUCGCGUUAAUAAGCUCAUCCAUCCAUCAACAGCCAUUUCUCGCGUCCGUCGCUGCUGCGUUGCAGAGGUCGUAGCUAGGAUCAACAAUGCCUCCCCCUCCGCCGCCUCCGACGCCCGCGCUGAACAAGUGCUGCCGCUGCUGCUCGUCGCCGUCGCCGCCGACACCGCCGAAGCUGCAGCGAGCUGCGGAGACCAGGAAGAAGCCAAUCUAGCAGGCGGCGGAGCAGCGAGGCUGCCGAUCACCAGGAGAGCCCACGCCGCCUCCCUCCUCCUCGGCCUCGUGGGCGUGGACGUGGCGGUGGCUGCGCCGGCGCCGGCCAGGGCGGACGACGAGAGCGGCGGUGGCGAGGAGGGCGUCCUCGGCGCCAUCAAGUCUAUCUUCGACCCGAACGAGAAGACCAAGGCCGGGAAGGUGCUCCCCAAGGCGUACCUGAAGGCCGCCAGGGAGGUGGUGCGCACGCUCCGGGAGUCACUGGAGGAGGAUGACGGCGGCGACAUGGCCAAGUUCCGGCGGAACGCCGACGCCGCCAAGGAAUCCAUCCGCGAGUUCCUGGGCGGGUGGAGAGGCCAGCAGGCCGUCGCCGCCGAGGAGUCGUACGUUGCGUUGGAGAAGGCGAUCAGAUCACUGGCGGAGUUCUACUCCAAAGCAGGACCUUCAGCACCGCUUCCACAGGAUGUCAAGAACAAGAUCCUCGAUGACCUCAGCACCGCGGACGCCUACCUGUAGAUUUUGCUUUCCACAACAUUGUUCGUGGCUUCGUGCACAUCUCAACGAUGAGGAAGAGUUGAUUCUAAUUUCUACUCCGGUACUUUUAUCGCAAAUAAAGCUUCCUUCACAUAACAUGUGUUCCGGCACGAUGCACAAAAACAUUUUAGCCAGGGCAUGAUGGCAUGCUGCAUGCACGGAAGCCUAAUUCUUCAGGUGGACAAUUCUGUAGGCACCAGGAAUUUGCCAACAUUUUAGGAACACAACAGGAAUUUUGUAGGCAAUUUGGCUUGACGAAUCAGGUGGACGCUUGACAGUUCUACCUUACA